AUGGCAGUGUCCACGAGGCCAGACAUCUCUCACCUCUGUAUCUCAAAGCCGAAGCUGGUCAGUGUUCUGAGGCAAAUGGGCCAACAGGUCAAGUGGCCUCAGAAGAUGAAAGCACCCGAUUCUUUCCGGAAUCCUGGUCUUUGGUGCGACUUCCACCGCGACCACGGUCAUAAAACGGAGGACUGUGUCACACUAAGGAUCGAGGUCAACAAACUACUUAAGGAACGACACCUCCGGGAGUUCCUUUCCGAGAAGGCCAAAAGCCAUCUAAACAAAGAGACGUCCGGAAAGCCCACUGAAGCUGUUCCCGGCUCGCCACCUCGACAGGACCGAGUAAUCCAUGUCAUAUCAGGAGGCUCGGAAAUUAGCGGCAUAAGCCACACGGCCGCGAAGAAGAGCACCUGGAAUGCCAAACACAGCCUAGAGGCAGCCAAGCCAAAACGACUACUCCUGGGUACGUACGAAAUAAGCUUCACAGCCAAGGAGCAAGAGAAGGUCCUAGCCCCACAUCACGACGCCCUAGUCAUAUCCCUCACUGUAGAAAAUUGUCUAGUAAAGAGGAUAUUGGUAGACAACGGGAGCUCCAGCAAUAUCAUCUUCCAAGCCGCAUAUCUCCUGCCUUGGCACAGGUGGAGACAUGUACAAGGAAUUUACAAAAUGUCGAUAUGGAGACGAAACAAUCCGCCAAAAUCUCCCGAAGACUGA